GCUGAUUUGAUUCUUGCGCCUGUACCAUAUGUCUACGGUCUACCGCGUCUACUUGGCUUACGGAGUCUCUUUCAAGAUGGGAUCAGGUGAUGCCAGGGCUUGUAGAUCACGUGGGCGGUGAGCCGACCGACGAUUAGCGAGGCAUCGUCCAGUCUGAUUCUGCUGCUGAGAGGUACUUCCUCUACACCUGACCUCCCUUGUACUCCCAAGUCUCUGCUGUAAACCCGCCCACGUCAUUGGGCCCAACCGCCACUCUGCCUCCCUCCCGCCCCUCCGUCUUUCUUUUCCUUUCUUUUCCCCUCUUCUCCCCCUCGGUUCGCUCUGCAGCUGGUCCUGCUUUGGCUGCGCGCUUCCAUUCUCUGCCCCGCGUCGCUUCUCCCUCGCUCUCCUCCCGUCCCUCUCUCUCCCUCCGUCACUACUCCAGCAAAAAGAAAUCCAAGUCCAAGAAAAUGCCUCCCAAGAAGGCCGUCGUGCAAGAGAAGGUGCUCCUGGGCCGUCCAGGAAACAAUCUGAAGAGUGGUAUCGUUGGUCUGGCCAACGUCGGUAAAUCGACACUGUUCCAAGCCAUCACCAAGUCGUCGCUGGGUAACCCGGCCAACUUCCCCUAUGCCACCAUCGAUCCCGAAGAGGCGCGCGUUGUCGUCCCCGACGAGCGAUACGAUUGGUUGUGCGAGCACUACAAGCCCAAGUCGCAGGUCCCUGCCAACUUGACGGUCUACGAUAUCGCCGGUCUGACCCGUGGCGCCUCCACCGGUGCCGGUCUGGGUAACUCCUUCUUGUCGCACAUCCGUGCCGUCGACGCCAUCUUCCAGGUCGUCCGAUGCUUCGAUGACGCCGAGAUCAUUCACGUCGAGGGUGACGUCGACCCCAUUCGGGAUCUGACCAUCAUCAACGAGGAGCUGCGCAUCAAGGAUAUCGAGUUCACCGAGAAGGCUCUGGAGGCCCUCGGCAAGCAGACGCGACGUGGUGGUCAGACUCUGGAGAUGAAGAAGCUCCGUGAGGAAGAGGCCACCGUCGCCAAGGUGCUGGAGUUCCUGAAGGAGGGCAAUGACGUCCGAAAGGGCGAGUGGGGUCCUAAGGAGGUCGAGGUCAUCAACCCUCUCAUGCUUCUCACUGCUAAGCCCGUUGUCUACCUAGUCAACCUGAGUGAGCGGGAUUACAUCCGCCAGAAGAACAAGUAUCUUCCCAAGGUCUUCGAGUGGAUCAAGGCCAACUCUCCCGGUGACCCUCUGAUCCCCAUCUCGGUGGCGUUCGAGGAGCGUUUGACUCGCCUUGAGAGCGACGCCCAGGUUGAGGAGGAGUGCAAGCAGCUGAACACCAAGUCCUCGCUGCCCAAGGUCAUCACCACCAUGCGUCAGGUGUUGAACCUGGCCAGUUUCUUCACCACCGGUGCCGAUGAGGUGCGCCAGUGGACCAUCCGAAAGGGUAUCAAGGCGCCCGCCGCUGCUGGUGUCAUUCACACCGACUUCGAGAAGACCUUCAUUCAGGCCGUUGUCUACAACUACAACACCCUGAAGGAGUACGGUGACGAAGGUGCCGUCAAGUCUGCCGGUAAGGUGAUGACCAAGGGUAAGGAUUACGUCGUGGAAGAUGGCGACGUGCUCCUGAUCAAGGCGGGUGCUGCUCGUGCUCCAUCCAUCUCCAACCAAGUCACAAUGUUCAAGAAAGAUAUUCCCCCGAGCACCCGCUCGAAGGUCAAGUCGUCCGUGCAGCGCGGUCUGCGCCAACGCUUCGUCGAAGCGCACCCCGGUUUCGAGCCGUUUAUCGAAGAGAUCCUGCCCAAGAAGGCCCAGUUGGAUGCGGUUAAGCUACCCGACAAAUGCACCCUCUACACCAUCGACUCCUCCCCCCUCUUCUUCCAACCCCUCGACGGCCCUCCCCUGCCUCACCUACGCCUCGUCCACGCCUACCCCUCCGCGCUUCCCACCGUGCAGAUCGACCGCGGCGCGAUCCGCUUCGUGUUGUCCGGCGCGGCGCUGAUGGCCCCCGGCCUGACGUCCGCGGGCGGCCGACUCCCCGACGCCGAGCACAAGCUGGAGAAGGGCGACGUGGUGGCGGUGCUGGCGGAGGGCAAGGAGACGGCGUGCUUGGUGGGGUCGUUGAAGGCCGGCACCGAGGAGAUUAAGAGUAAGCCGAAGGGGGUGGCGAUUGAUGAGGGGCAUUAUUUGGGAGAUGGGCUGUGGAGGAUGAGUUUGGAUUGAUUGAUUUGAUUUGCAGUGGGGUUGGGGGAUGAAAUGAGUAUUAUUUACUUUUUAUGACUGUUCUCAUGAUGAUGAGGGAAUUGAUUUGAAUAAUAGAUUUUACUUGCAUUUGUUACGUUCUGUCCUUAGAUGUUGGUUGGAGGUAAGUUAGGGUGUGAAAACCAUAU